CAUAACGGUCUACACAGAGCAACGAUUGAAAGCACAUGAAAAAUGAGCUGAGAAACGCUAUCCAGAGGCUACAUGCUGGAUUUCCAUCCAUUUGAGGAGCAUGGGGGAGCGCGAUAAGAAAAUUCAGCCGGAAAUGUUCGAGCCAGAGUCUGCCUUUUUAUGCAGUGGCUAAGAAUAGCAUGGAUACUAUCAUCACACUUUUAAACAAGUUAUAAUUGAACUUCCGUCUAUGUCUGCUUGGUGUGUGUAAGCGCACGCGCCUGUUGUUUUCUGCUAUCUCUGCGUGGGUAGUGUACAACCUAGCACACAAAAGCCUCGAAGAACGAACGCCAAGUGCAGUGACUUGAAGGUUUGCAGUGUAAGGCUAGUGAAUGCAGGCAACAUGCAUUAGGGCAAAGCUAUCAACACAAAACCGACAGAAGCUACCAUUUAAAAAGACUGCGCAAGAUUAUUUUUGUAAACUCGAGAAAGCGCUAGCAACGCGCUUUAGCUAUUUAUUGGAAUUUGGCAUCAUUCCCUUAAAAUGAAAAAAGGAGACAAGAAACGUGUUGGAUGUCGACAGGGAAGGGAACAAUUAUCGGAAUGAGGUUGACCGUGUUCGCCCUUGCCGAAGCCUGCAGGUUGCAGUAACCAUAUGGCCCAUGUGUUAGCUCCGUAGCCGUGCAGUCCCCUAUUGGACAAACGAACCCCGUUGGCUUCUUCACCCUGUGUGUCCUGUCAGUCCACUGGUUCACUAGUUCACCGUGUCAAUCUACCCUGCUCCGCGCAAGCAGCGAGAGGCGAGCAGACAGCUUGAGGCUAGAGGUGGAUUCUUUCGCCUGCUGUUCCUUCUCGUUAUCAAGAAGUUGUAUCCCUACAUAAAAUCUAGAAGUGAUAAAGGACAAUAUCUCGGUCAGCUUCCAAGAGGCCAUUGGAAAGAGACCGUCACGUGACAUCUAGUGCCAAUGUUCUUCCAGAAGGUCGUCAGGACCCUGGUAGCCGGUAACUCGAUUUUUGGAAAUGCAGAAAACGACCUACUACGACAACUCGACACUUUUCGGAGGAUACUCGUACCAGGGGGCAAACGGUUUUGGUUAUGAUGCCCCGGCACCAGCCUUCCAGAACUCAGCGCAUCUUGAGGGUGACUACCAAAGGUCUGCAUGCUCCCUACAGUCGCUCGGCACCAGUGCACCCCCACAGCCUCAGCAUGCCAAGACGAAAGAGCUUAAUGGCAGCUGCAUGCGGCCCAGUCUGCCACCUGAACAUCACCCACCCCCCCAGGUUUCCCCUCCUCAGAACGCUGUAAACGUUGCUGCCUCAAAUGCCACCCAGCAGCCAGGCGGCAGCAGUGGUGGUGCCGGCAGCGGGGGCACAGCCAAAUCAUCAUCCAAGUCAUCCUCUCUAGCCCCAAACCCAGCUCUUACGAAGCAAAUCUUUCCUUGGAUGAAGGAGUCACGUCAGAACACCAAGCAAAAAAACAGCUCCCCUAGUGCAAGCUCAGCUAACGCGGAGAGCAGCGGUGGUGAGAAAAGCCCUCCGGGUUCUGCAGCUUCCAAGAGAGCACGCACUGCUUACACCAGCGCUCAGCUGGUGGAGCUCGAGAAGGAGUUUCACUUCAACCGAUACCUGUGCCGGCCAAGGCGCGUGGAGAUGGCCAAUCUGCUCAACCUUAGCGAGCGGCAGAUCAAGAUUUGGUUCCAGAACAGGCGGAUGAAGUACAAGAAGGAUCAAAAGGCGAAAGGCAUCGGCUCGUCCUCAGGGGGGCCGUCCCCCACAGGAAGCCCACCUCUCCCAAUGCAGUCCUCAGCUGGUUUCAUGAACUCUAUGCACUCAAUGGGCAGUUAUGAUGCUCCCUCCCCACCAUCUUUUAACAAGCCGCAUCAAAAUGCAUACGCCAUGUCAACAGCCUAUCAGAACCCAAUGAAAGGUUGCCCCCCCCAACAGAAGUAUGGAAACACUGCACCGGAUUAUGACCCACAUGGGCUACAGGGUAACAGUGGCACCUAUGGGACACCAAACAUGCAGGGUAGCCCCGUGUAUGUGGGAGGUAGCUAUGUUGAUGCCAUGCCUGCCACUGGGCCUUCUAUAUACGGCCUCAAUCACCUACCACACCACCAGUCGGCAAGCAUGGACUACAACGGUGCCACGCAGAUGCCGGCAAACCAGCACCAUGGACCGUGUGACCCACAUCCGACAUACACGGAUCUGUCUGCGCACCAUCCUUCUCAGGGUAGAAUCCAAGAAGCACCCAAGUUGACUCAUCUGUAGCAGGUUUGGACAAAAAAACAAAACAAAACAAAAACGAAAACUAAGAAAAAAAAAGUCAAGGAAGACAAGACGAAACAGACUAACCCAUGGGGCGAUGCAAUGGGGUUGAAAAAGAUGAUCCAGUGGUUUCUUACCAUGACUAGAGCACCGGUUUGUGUCAAUGUUGUCCUUCCAUUCAUAUGUGAACAUACCUGAAUUUAGUAUCCAUAGGUCUAAAUACCCCUUUAAAAUGGCACACUUCAUGAACAGUGGCUAGUUUAUGCCAAGGAAUAGACUGUCUAGCUGUAUGACCUCAUUACAUCAUCCUAAAUGUUUGUGUACUCCUUCAGCAUUAUCGCUGCAUUCCUCACACUUCGGAGGGCGGUACGAUAUAACUCACUUUCAAACUUACUGGUGCAAGAAAACCACUGGAUUGUUUUCGUCCACCACCCUUAUUUCACAUACCUCUUUUUUUAAAACGUCUCAAAGAAAACCAGUCGAUUUUUUUAUUAACUUGUUCCCAAAA